CGGCGAUUUAAAAUGUCAUCAUGGUGAACAACUGAGUCAUCAUGGUUAACAACAACAACAACGACAGCAACAAAUAUGAACAAUAGCUCAGUAACAUAUAAUGACGAGUUAGUAGUUGAUGUAAAAUCAGACAAUGUUGAAAACAAUGACGAAUUCGAACCGGUGAUGUCUGAAACGUUUUGUAAUAAUAAUAGCAUAAAUUCUUUACCAAUAUCAAACGAUAGGAAUAUUAUUGUACCGGUGAGUGCUGAGAAACUACCACAUCCACCACAACAAGAAAAUCCAACAUUGAAAACAUUAAGAAAUUAUUUGAAACGUAAACAAUCGUCACUUGGUGGUUGUUAUUCUGAUAUGAAACGUUUAAGAUUAUCAACGAAUACCACACAUCAAGAGGAACCAUGUAUUACUUAA